UCAUUGUAGAUCCGAACCAGUAGGUGUCGCUGCAGCAUCAGCCGCAGGGCGAAGUCAAUCCCCCGCAGAAGAAGAUGAGCUAGUUGCGGGAAAAGUGAAGCGGAUGUUUCGUUUGUUUGUAACGUUGGACUCAAAACGAGCUUUUAAAACAUCACUAUGGAAAUGCCAAAGGCCUCAGAUGUGAAGAAGGGGAUCUCAGUCCUCUGGGAGACUCUGCAGUGUCCGAUAUGCUUGGAUUUAUUGACGGUACCGGUAUCUACCAAGUGUGACCACCAGUUUUGCAAAUUUUGCAUCAUGAAACUUGUGGAUACCUCCAAACAAAACCGGGCCAACUGUCCAGUUUGCAAAACCAAGAUAACCAAAAGGAGUUUGCAGGUGAGCCCUGGGUUUCAGAAACUUGUUGCAGGACUGCAGGACAUCAUACAAGCAUAUGAACAUGACACUGGCACAAACUAUUUCACUGGAAUGUCCCUGCAAGAAAAACAGUUGGGUGUCACAGAUGCCCCAUCCACCAAACCUCCUCAUGUCCUAUCUGGAGAAACUGCCAACACUGACCUGGACUAUGUGGAAAACGAAGACCAAGAUGAUCUUCCAAGGUCCCACUCUUCAACUAUAGAAGCCCAGAAUGGAUUUGCAAGACUCAUGGAACUUGAAGACUCGACUCCUUUGACGACAGAGCACGAAGGCCUGGACAGCGGCCUUGGGGAUGCUUUGCCGACGUCUGACAAGAAACUGCAAAGCUCUGCAGAUAAUUUGGAACCAGUAGAAACAGAAAUGUCAGAGGCUGUGGAAAAGGCAUCAACUCAUAAAACUAGAGGCAAAAUUAGAUCUGGUAAAUUGGAGAGUGCCUCCCUUCUUCCGGUAGCAAUUCCUGACGAGACAAAAUGUCAGCCUUUAAGAAAGUCUUCGCGGAAGAAACAGAAAACAGAUCUGGAGUCUGAGAAGAUUCUUCAGCGGAAACGUAAGAAAAGUCUUGAAAAGGUUGCUGAGUGGCUUAUGAAAGUUCCACCUGAGGGAAGUCUCGAAUUAGAAAAACCAGACAAAGACCCAGAUGACUCUGAUGGCGGUUCUUCCACCUCAACAAUAGAUGUAAAGCAACACCUGAGCGAUAUCAAUUCUAAGAGAGAGGAUCGUGCCAAAGCCCUCGAAGACCAUGUGUUCGGAGCCGUCUACAAACGAGACAGACGAGGGAAGAGGAAUAGCUCUCGAUCACUUUUUGUUGAGCCAACAAUCACAAAACACACAACAGACUCUGAGGAUGAAAACCAAAGUGACUCAGAGGAAGAACAACUGCUAACAGAAGACGUAAAUGAUAGCAGUGACAUUUUUAAAAAAGCCGAACAGAUGGAAGAUUUGGAGGAAAAUGAUGUUGUUGACAAAGAUGUGAUUGCUGAGUCGGCGUCUGAACCACAGCAACCACAAAGAAAGUCAAAGAAAAGAAUGCAAAACCCUCUGCAGCAGGUUGACAGUGAUUUGAAGGAGCAAGCUGAGGCGAAGUCCGAAAAAACUGAGCCAAAGAAGCCUGACAGGAGGAAAGGUAAAAACACCAUGUCAGAAAAAGGCAAACCUACAAGAGUGUCGAAGCCCCUUGUUCUCGUUGGAGUUAAAAAUGGAGAAACCAAUCCAAAGACUAGAGUGAAGUCAGGAGAGGUUCAGGUACAAAUUGAGAACUAUCCCAGCAGCGAGGACCCACAAACCCCCAUCAUGAGGAGCAACAGGAGAAGCAGAAGGCUUCAGCUCUUUGCCGAGGAAGUCCAGGACGGUCACAAGAAAGCAAACUCGAAAGCUAAUGUAAUUGAAAAAGAUGUCACUGUCGCACAGCAGCAGGAGGAAGUUGAAGGUGAAACACUGGAUAAAGCAGAAUCACCUAAGGGUGAAAAGUUGGCCAAAAGAAAUGGAUGUGUUUAUGAUGAAGAUUUAGGAGGAAUUGAAAACGUGGAGUCUGGUAAGAGAACUCGACGAGAACAAGAGUCCAUUGCUGAAGUGCAGAAUUUGCCGAAUUCUGAAACUCUCUCUGAAGCUACUGUUGCUUGUUCUGUCCCAGUGGUCCCAAGUUCUCCAUGUCCAACGGAAGCAACUGUGUUUGGUCCAACACUUGAAAAUAACAAUCUGACUGAGCAAUCCUCAAAAAAUAUUGAGUUGAAAACAUCAGCUUGCGUGAUAACGGAGAAAGAGGAGGAAAAGAACGACAGCGAGCUGGACACAGAACAACUGCUCCAGAGCUUCAAAGCCACGAAGAGGAAAUCUUUCCGUCUCGGUGGUCCGAAAGGGAAAAGGAGCCGUAGCUCAGUCCGAGGAAACACACAAGGUGCUGAAGGAGAGGGAAAUUACUUUGUUUGUUCUAGUGUUGAAUCUGCAAAAAAACAGACGCACAAGAAAACAUCUGUAAUCAUCGACCAGGAGGCACUGACAGAUGAUGAAAACUCAUUGUGUAGUGACUUGAUUUCUCCUUCGAUCUCCCCAAAACUGACACGAAAAUCAGUUGAGAAACCAGAUCAAGUGGUGGAUGAAGCCUUGAACCCUGUCACCACUGGUAACUGUCUUUCCAGGAACAGUCAGAGCAGCGCCCUCACUCCUAAUCAAGUCUCAAAACGUGAAAUUGAAAGUCCUCAGUUCGUAGAGUCCGGGCUCCGCUUCACAGGUGUUGAGCACGAGGAGGUAAACGAAGCCUCGAAGAGCUCUCAGAUCCCAAACGGUCAGCUUGAUUGUUCAGUGAAGGAUGCUGGGAAAUGGAAGGAGAUGAGAGACAGCAUUUCUCCUGGAAAAGGAGAACGUAUCUUAGUCGCUGAGUCUUCUUUAACUCCUGACGGCCUGGUGACACCGCUUGUCCCGACGGCCCAUGGAAGCAGCGAGCUCAGCACACACUCUCCCAUCAAGAGCAACUUGAGGAAGAGGAGAAGGACUCAGAGGCUGGAGUCUUCAUCCGAUUCAGAUGAAUCCAGAGAGGAAUUACCUACGUUGACUCAAAUCUUUGGGACGUCGGCUCUUCCGGCUGCUGUGACCCGGGUUCGGGGAGACUCCAGGGAAGCCACUCGAUGUGAGGCUGCUUGUGUUCCAGCUGAUGCAGCAGAGCGGUUGAGCCGUCCGCCUGCAUGCCCCAGCCCCGACUGUGUUCCCUCCAGCCAAGGGUCUGUGGACCUGUUCGGAUCGCCAGAUGAAUGUGAUGCUCCAGUAAAUGAAAACAUUGACAUUGAGUCAUCACAAUUUUCAAGCGAGGUCCUUGUCACACAGCAAAAGAUACAGAUGCAGAAGGAGCUGGUGAGGCUGGAGAAGCUGAUGGCUCUGGUGUCAGAGGUGCUUCAUGAGAAAGAGCAAAGUCCAGCAAAAGAGACGAAUCACAGCUGCAAAACCACCGGCCCAGACACUCAGGAACCCCUCCCAUGUAACCAGGACGCACGGCAAGACUCAGACCAGAAAGGCGUUCCAGAGGCAGAGCGAGAGCCCUGCACAAGAGCAUCUGAUGGCAGAGAGGUCACUGAGUCCAGCGUGUCGAAGCCUGUCAGCGGUGCACAGACGUCAGUGCAGUGCUCUACACACACAGCGCUGAGUGUCAAGGGCACUGACGCCUCCAAGACGCCUGUUUUAAGCUCAGCAGCCAAAACACUGAAGAGCUGUAAUUCACCAUCGGAUGGACAAGAAGACAAAGAAAACACCACUCCUCCAAAAGACAGGACUAAAGCCAAGCUGGUGCUUGUGUCGUCUGGAUUAGGGCCCAAUGAGCAGAUAAUUGUGAAAAAGUUUGCCAAGCGAGUCGGGGCUCGUGUGAUUUCCCAGGUGACGGAGGAGGUCACACACAUCGUCAUGCGCACAGAUGAACAGCUGGUAUGCGAGCGCACGCUGAAGUACUUCCUUGGCAUCGCGGGCAGGAAGUGGGUCGUGAGUUUCCAAUGGAUUGCAGAGUGCUUCAAACAAAAGAAAGUCCUAGAUGAGAGUCUCUUCGAAGUGAAAGGCGACGUAGUGAACGGACCGAACCACCAGGGCCCCUCAAGAGCUCGAACCACUGCAGACAGUAAUCUGCUCAUGAGCGGCUACAGCAUCUGCUUCCAGGGUCCAUUCACAGACAUGACUACAGAUGAAAUGGAGUGGAUGGUGGAGCUCUGUGGAGCAGCUGUAGUUACAGAUCCACUUCUCCUAGACAGUAAACAGAAGUCCCGUCAGCUGGUCAUUGUACAGCCUGGACCUGAGUCAUCAUCGUCCUCCUUCAGCCGUCUCCUCAGACAGGCGAGUGUGGUGACACGUGGUUGGCUCUUGGACACAGUGGCAACCUACACCCUCCAAAACUUCAACAACUACUCACUAUGACCACGUUCUCCUCUGGUCUGAUCUCCACUGUACAUAUCCUGUGUUUUUAUGUCCGAUACUAUAAAUAAACAUCUGCUUAGACGGCUCUGCUGGAAGCUCUGUGUAUUUCAGCUUUGAAUUCAGUUAAUUCUUUCUUUCUUUGUUUGAAUAGCAAAGUACAAGCAUGGUAAAAUAGUAGAUCUGCAAAUGGCAGAAAAAAAGACAGAAAAUCAGACUAGAAAACAAAAAUGUGCACAUUGUAAAAAUCUGAAUCCACAUCAUAAUAAUAUCUAUGCAAGUUUUUCCGAUGAUAUUUUCCUGGGGUAAGCUUGCAUCAUCUGGAGCCAAGUGAAUGAAAAGCUGCAACUUAAAUUCAAUAAACCCCUUCAUCAUCAAUAUCA